AUAAGGUUUCUGUGGUGAGACACCAAAUGAACUCAACUUCCUCUUUCAACAACAAAUUUUUCAGUUAUCAGCAGGAUCUGUGCCACCCAGAGUUAGGCUUUUUCACUGCCAGCUCCCUGCAAAGAAACAGGAGUGCUAAUUCUGACAAGGCUCCAGGCAGGGAUUAUAACUCCACGGCUUACCUUGAUGAGUAUACUGAAAUAUUCAAGAUGGGUAGCAACAAUACCAGCAAUGCUGAGACUGACUGCAGUGCUACUAAUGUGACAUUUCAGAACUCCCUUUAUGCAAGUACCUACAUCCUCAUAUUCAUCCCUGGUCUUUUGACUAAUAGUGCAGCCUUGUGGGUUCUGUGCCGCUUCAUCAGCAAGAAAAAUAAAGCUGUCAUUUUCAUGAUCAACCUCUCUGUGGCUGAUCUUGCUCAUGUGCUGUCCUUACCUCUCCGGAUUUACUAUUAUAUCAGCCACCACUGGCCCUUCCCGAAGGCCCUUUGCCUGCUGUGCUUCUACCUGAAGUAUCUCAACAUGUAUGCCAGCAUUUGUUUCCUGACGUGCAUCAGCCUUCAGAGAUGUUUCUUUCUCCUACAGCCCUUUAGGGCCAGAGACUGGAAGCGUAGGUAUGAUGUGGGCAUCAGUGCUGUCAUCUGGAUCAUCGUGGGAACUGCAUGCUUACCAUUUCCCCUUCUGAGAAGCACCUACUCAUCCAACAACAAUCAGUCUUGUUUUGCUGAUCUUGGUUACAAGAAAAUGAAUACAGUGGCUUUGGUUACAAUGAUCACAGUUGCUGAGCUGACAGGAUUUGUUGUCCCGGUAGUUAUCAUCGCAUGGUGUACUUGGAAAACAACUAUAUCCUUGAGGCAGCCACCAAUGGCUUUCCAAGGAAUCAGUGAGAGGCAGAAAGCACUGCGGAUGGUUUUUAUGUGUGCUGCAGUCUUUUUCAUCUGCUUCACUCCUUAUCAUAUUAACUUUAUUUUUUACACUAUGGUGAAGGAAACCAUCAUUAGCAGUUGUCCCAUUGUAAAAACCACACUGUAUUUCCACCCCUUUUGUAUAUGCCUUGCAAGUCUCUGUUGUCUUUUGGAUCCAAUUCUCUAUUAUUUCAUGGCCUCAGAAUUUCGUGACCAGCUAUCUCGCCAUGGCAACUCUGUGACCCGUUCCCGCCUUAUGAGCAGGGAAAGUGGUUCAUCAAUGAUUAGCUAAAAAUAAAAUAACUCUUCAAUUAUGACUUUAACUGUAUUUCCUAGCUUUAUCCAAAGGCCAGAAUUACUAGCCAGACAAUUUAUUUAAUGGGAACUUGUGAACAAUGGAAAUUUUCUUGUGUGAUAGUUGUGGUUCCAGCGAUGAAAUGAUAGUGGCAAAGUGUAAGAAAUAUGGGAGAGGAAGGAAAGAUAGAGUUUGCCUGUUUCCUCUUUGAAAUUCAAGAUACUUUCUUAAGAGACCUAGAUCAAGUUUUUACAGAUGUUUUCAACCAAAUGGAGAUUGUAUAUUUUAUCCUAAACAUUUCUUCAGCAAACAUAUUGUUAAUAAGAUACAAUAAAUACGUGAAUCUUUUCCAAGAUGUAAAAAUAAAUUUCUUUUAUAUGGAGAA